UGACAGUGCCGCAACAACUGUUGACACAUUCUUGUCUGUUUUUGACAUCACCGCCAUGCAAAUUAUUUCUUCCACGCAUAAUGUAAUAAAAUGAAGUGCUUCCGCGGGGAGGAAGGCAUGCGAGGCGUUUGACAGCUAGCUAGCUCUGGCCCCUCCCAUUAUGACUGGGGUGAACCUGAAUUACCUGUUCAAAGGGCUGACAGACUGAUCGGGGUGACAGGACUCACUACGACAGCAGCCAUGGAUGGAGGCAGCAUGGGGGAUGAUAUCGAAGCGCUGAUUGAGGACAUGGAGUACAUUCCGGGACACUUCCACCUGGAUCUACACCUAAAUUGUGAACCACAUGGGCCCCCAGACCUCAGAUCCCGGGAUGUCCGCCUCAAGCGUGAGAGCCUGAGGGCCGAGCUGGAGGCAGAGUCCGGGCCCCAGCAGUACGCCGUGAGGAACCUCCUGGGCUUGCUGACCUUCCACCUGGAUGAGCCGGAGAACGCAGAGGAAGCCUUCAGGAGCAUCUGCGAGGAGGAGCCGGGCAACCUCAACGCCUGGGCAAACCUGGGCCACGUCUACGACCAGCUGAAGAGGGAGGCGGAGGGGGCUGAAUGUGUGGAGAAGGUGUCUGUGCUCAUGGGUCUCGCGUCUGGGGAGGCGGCCAAGGGGCAAUCCAGACUGCUGGCGGCGCGUUGCCUGGCAGAGCAAGCCUACGCUCAUCUGUAUGAUGUGGAGCUAGACAACGAAGAGGACUUGAGGGAGAGGCUGACUGUCGCUCUCACGUUAUACCACAGGGCCCUGGACUAUGGAGGUCAGAUGAUACCGACUGAAGAGAAGAGAAGCUGGUAUUUUAAAAUGGCAACAUUGUACAUAAGAUUAGACAGCUUGGAGAAGGGCAAUGAGGACUCCGAGUUCACCAGAGUGUCUCAUUUCAAUAAAGCUCUAAAGCUGCUCACAGAAGCCAUCAAGUCUGAGAAAACGCAUAACAAAGCUCUGGCCUGGUGCUACGUGGGAGUUAUGCUGGAAAGGAAAGACGAGUUUGCCGUAAUCCCCAUGUCGGUCCAUGACUGUGGCUACUCUGGAUCUGAUCCGCUUUGCUGUUAUGGAACGGCCAUCAAGACUGCUAAGGAUGAUGCGUUCAUCUUGAACCGUCUCGCCAGUGUGUUUUAUCUUCUGGGCAAGUAUGACAUGGCUAUGGGCAUCUGCAACAUGGCUCUGAAUGUCCUGCCUGAUGCAGAGCUCAACUGGCAAGGCUACUGCAUGCGUGCCAAGAUAAAUGUCACAGCUUACAAGAGGGACCUGGAAAAGGCCAAAUCGGCUAUGGCAGGUAUACCAGACCGCAGAACCCUAGAUGAUGCCAAGGCUGACUUGGAGCAUGUGCUGAGUGUACGGCCAUGUUUGAAGACACAUCUGGAUAUGGGGCAGGUGUAUUACUACAUGGGUGUGGAUGCCCUGCAGGAGAGCCUUUUGGUGGAUGAGCGGGCGCUGAACGCAGCGCUGGUGAGCCUGGCUCAGGCGCUGCAGUGCGAGCUGGGCGACAGUCUGCCGGAGGUGCAGAUGCUGCGGGGACGCUGCCUCCUGCUGAAGGGAGAGGAGCACAACGCCGCCGAGUGCUUCAAGCGGGCCCUGGAGCUGGAGCCGCCGGGGAGCCGGGACACAGCGGCCCUGCGCUGCCUGCUGGAGACCAUGCUGGUCCUCUUCUGCCAAAAAGGGCCCGACCAGAGGUCCCUCAUCGACCAGCUGGAGGCAUGGCUGAGGCGGGCCGAGGAGAGGCACCCGGCCGACGCCGUGCAGGCAGAGCUCAGGGCGUUCUGCAGGGCCCAUACGGACGAGGUGGCCGAGCUGUCCCGGGCGCUGAUCCGGGCCGGGCGGCUGGAGCUGGUGCGACGUCUGUUGGAGACGAUGCAGCCGGGCCGGCCAGCUGCGAGGAGGCCUUUCCUCAGGUCCAUGACCGUGUGAGAGGGAAGCGAGCAAGCCAGGGACAGGAAGUGUGAACGGGGGACUUAUUUUGCCAGGGAAACAGGGCUGCUGUAAGGGGGGGUAGCCAAGGGGGCCCUUAAUGACAGGAACCUAAUAAAUUUGCAACAUAAUGGGAUGGGUCUGGUUUGAGGCCCAAACUCCCCGGCAACACCGCUUCCAGGACGUUCCUUUCACAAAGGUACCGUCUUCACUGGCUGUACACCCCC